AUGGCAACUCUCAAACGCGGGAUGCCCUAUGAGCUUCUCGCCAGAACUCCCGGGCUAUCAUUCCCCUCAGCAACCACACCAGUCUUGUUAUCAAGAAGCUGUGCAGAAGUCUUUGGUGGCUCAGAUCCACCACCAAAAAUGACCAAAGCGAAGGUAGAAGACAACAUCUGCGAGUUCUUGACCGAAUGCGACGACCACUUCCACUGCCUCACCAUCUGCACCAUACACAAUCCCUUGGCGUCACCAUGCGGAUGCGAGGAAAGGCAGGUUCAAUACUACAAGCGCAUUGCUAGCAGUCUCGAGAAAUCUUGGGCAAGACCUAUUGAUCCCGAUCACGUCAGAACCAUAGUCGAAGCAACCUUGGGCGCUCGAAUCGAGGUCAUCAACGAGAAUAAUGGUAUCAAGAACGACAUAAAGGGGGCCAACAACCUCAUCCUACUCCACGUUCACAUCCUCCUUUGCAUGUUCGCCGAGUUCAAGCAUGGCCAUAGUUGCCGUCAUGCGGAUAGUCUCACUUGGAACAUCUCUGGUGCUAUCGAUCAGAAACAAGAAGCUCAAGAGAGGAAAAAAAAGCUUCUAAGGCAACGAGAGGCUAAGAAAGCCAAGUCUGCCCCGGGCGAUGGAGAUCCUUCGGCGGCAGAUGCGGCUGCCGCUGAGGAAAGGAAACAAUGA